AUGUCAUGCACCUACCUUCAAACCGUUAAUUUACUAAUAUUUACUGUAUCUAGCGAUCUGAUACGUCUUCUGUUGAAUGUUACGGGUAGCAACAUCAAUAUUGCCUGUCUCAGACUCCACAGGAAGGAUGACACUGCGGUCGUCGACUACCUCACAGUCAUCCUCGUGAUAGUAGUAGCGGUGUCCCUGAAGAAAGUACAGCGCUCAGUUCAUCUUCCCUACACCGUGUUCAUGUUCAUCGCCGGCCUCAGCAUCUCGUACCGUGACACGGGCUCGAAAGGCCACGGCUCGCUCUCCGUGUGGCUGCGGGGCACCAAGUUCCACGUGCUCAUGACCUUCGUGCCCGCCGCCACUGUGUACGCCACUCUGGGCAUCAACCACUUCAUCUUCCGCAGAUGCCACAAGGAGAUCGUGGUCUUCUCCGUGGGUACGCUGGGCAUCAGCACCUUGGUGUGCGCGCUGUACGCUUUCAUCUUCAUGGGCACCAACACGCUGAAGAACAGCCUGAUCUUCGGCAUACUCCUGUGCUCUAACGAGCGGUUCCCCAUGGCCGACAAGCUGUUUGAAGAAGGUCGCUACCCGAUCCUCACGACGAUGCUGCAGGCAGAGUCCGCACUCAACAACAUCUUCGUCUGGUCCGUUCUUGGAUACGUCGACGACAGAUUGAGCGGAAGGAGCGACAUCUGGACGCUGCUGAAGCACCUGGUCCUAAAGCACGCGGUAGGCCUGGUGUUCGGCGUCGCGAUGGGCACCCUGGCCAUUCGGUCCCUCCGCCUGGCGCCGCAGAGCCAGAGCAGCAACACCAUCCUCCUGGUGGUCCUCACCUACGUGACCUUCUGCACCCUAGAGUGGUCCGGCAGCUCGGGCGUCGAUGGCGUGGUGGCCUUUACGCUGAUGACCAACUCGAACCGCCUUGUGGCCUGUACCGAACUCGAGGGACUGCUGCAGAAGUACUGGUCUGCCAUCUACGACGUGUCGGGCUUCAUGUCCCUCUUUAUGACGUCGCUGUACACGGGCGAGCUGCUCUUCAUAUUCUUCCAGAAGGAAGAGCUUAAGUACGCCAUCUGGUCGUACUGCAUGCGCACGCUGGUGCGCUUCUUCGCCGUUGCGGCGCUCUUUCCGAUAAUCGAGCAGUUCGGCUACCCGGUGUCCUGGAGGCAGGCAGUCGUCACCGUCUGGAUGGGGCUUAAGGGACCUCUGAACAUCACCGUUGUGACCUACUACUACCACCGGCAGGCGACCACCAACGUGGACUUCGUCGCCAAGACAUUCCUCAACAUGGUUUGCGACACCUUUCUCACCCAGCUGAUAAACCUCACCUUUCUGGAGUCUGUUUUUAGGAUAUUUGGUGGCGUUUUCCCUAUCACGAGUUCGGUAAACGACAUUUCUCAACACCCAGCCGUUAAAGAUGGCGAAGUACACAUCGCUUCUACGAGAGCCGAUCGGUGUCAGAACGCUCCUUCGACAGAAGUGAUAACUUCCUCGUUGAAGGGUGGCUAG